GCGCUGAUGCUGAUGCUGAUGCUGAGAUGGGUGUCAAUGCGAGCCCUGGCGGUGCCUCCCGAGUGCUAAAGGGCGUGGUUGUUUCCAUGACCACCCGCCUACACCACCGGCUCGGGGAGAUCACACCGCUAGCGCUGCAGCUGGGUUGCAGAGUUUUAAAUCGGUUCGACGCUAACCAAGUCACGCAUCUUGUGCACCAGUCGUCGCGAGAGAGGGAAAUCCUGAAGGACUACCGGACAGCACUUGAAAACAAAAUUGCAGUUGUGUCGCCGUGGUGGCUGUACGCAUGUCGUGACACAAUGACGCGCGUUCCCGAGGCAGAGUUUCCCUUUAAUUUCAAACCCGAGCGUCGCCUCAAGCUAGUUGCCACGCCGCCUGCAAGACCCCUACAGACACCAACGUUUUCCAGUACAACUUCUGGUGCCUCCAAGGUUCCGUCUGUCAAAAUCCCACUGCCUUUGUCCAGCUCAAUUGGAGCUGGAAAUGCCAUCUCGUUGUCUGCCACACCAUUAUCAGGCUUGACUGGUGGCUUGAGGGCGAGUACGGGUGCAUCCACCGCCAUUGACAGUUUGUUUGUGCAAAAGGCGUCACGCGCGGGCCGCAGGUAUCGCCAGGCAGCCGCCACAGCACCCGAAGGUUCAAAGCCCAGUGCAGCUGAAAUCGACACUGCUGCUAGACCAGGCUCAGUUCGCUUCAACGUGAGUGCGCAGCCUCAACGAAUUUUAGGGCGGCAGCAAGAUCAAGCAUCGGCCAACGCGCCGGUAACUGGCAAUUCGGGAGGGAGGAACAGCAGCGCCACCAGCAGUGGCACUCCCGCAUCCCUGGAUUCAGAAGUCAGUUUUAACGAUACGAGCCGGCAAAGCGGCAUGCAGACACCAAGCAAGUGGUGGCUCAAUGUGGAUCCGCCGGUCAGUGCUGGCUUUGGCUCUGGCAACCAGAUGCGGCUGUACUCGCAGGAUUUUCAGCUCAGUGGCGACAAGAGCCUCGACAGCAUGCCAAGCACGGGAAUGCUGAACGAGACACAGCAUUUCUUGGGACCUGCCGUCGACAUGGGCUUCCCGGUGACCCCUGGCUUGGCUCGCCCCAAUUCUGCACAUGAGGCGGGAGUCAACGACGGGCUGUGGGGGAGGGCGCAAGACAUGGAUGCGUUUCCGCAAGGCCAGAACGUCGCGAGCGCCAGGUUGAAAGCGCCACGAGCAAACGCAAACACGCUGACCGCGCAAAGGACAACCAUCGUGUAUGAGGAAGACGCCCGCGCUUUGUCUGAGCGCGAGCAGCUGCUUGCCAGGCUGAGCGGCAGAUGACUGAUGGCAAGGCAUUUGGCGAACUAAAUGUU